AACCCACCAUGAGAAACCUCUCGUGUGUUACGUUCUACUUGGCCCUUUUGGUUUUAUCUUCGCGGGAAAGCGGCAUUUUAUGUAGUGAAAGUGGGGUAAAUACAAGCACCAACCUGAGGAAUGGAUACACAAUUAAUAGCACACAGGAAGGGGGAGACUACACACAGCUGAAUGAUGCCAUCUAUGACGAUCAAGAUUUUCCAAAUAGAGGGGAGGACCUGCAAGAAGUAAUUAAGGAAGUACAAGGUGUUGGUAGAGAAGAAGAAAAUAUUAACGAGCCUAGUACUUCCUUUCCGAAAGAAAAAAAAGGAAAUAUAAGAGGAGGUUCUGUACAUUCAGGUGAUGGCGUAGAAGCACAUGGGGAAAAUGAAUGGAUAGAAAAUGACAUGAAUAUGAUGUGGGGUACUGGACGAUCGGCCAAUAUUUCGAUGGACCAUGGAGAACAAGGUGACCAGGGAUGGCAGUCCAGCUGGUCCACUCCAUGGGAUGCGGCGGAACAGGAGGCAAGCAAAUCGGAAGAACGAUCGGAAGAACAGUCGGUAGAGGAAGUGGAAAAGGCUGAGGAACAAGUGCCGCAAAACGCAUCUUCAGUGUGGGAACAAAAUGAUGAGGAAGGAGGAGAAAGGGUUAGAUGGGAAUACGAAGAAGAGGGGGUGCCUACACCGAAUAAUGUACACGAAUCUUUGAAGGUGAAUCCUCUUUUAUUUGACCAAGUUAAUGUUAACGAUGAGGAUGUGUUGCCACGUGCAGAAAAUGUAGAAGGGGAGAGCCCUUCCAACGAAUGGGCAGAGAAGGACAUCACGCAGGAGGGUGGAGAUAGAACUCGAGAAAAUGAAGAGGACGUGCAGGAAAGGGAACAAAAUGUGCAAGAAGGUAGAGAGGAAGUCCAAGAAAAUGAAGAGGACGUGCGAAAAGUUGAAGAGAACGCAGAAAAUGUUGAAGAGAACGCACGAAACGUUGAAGAGAGCGUAAAACCGGAGAGUCAGCAACAGGAAGUGCCAGAAGAUGUGCAGGAGCAGGUAGAAGAGCAGGCAAAAGAAGUGGAAGAACCAGAAGAACAGCAACAAAUGCCUGAAUUGGAAGAAGAGCUAGCGGAAGUAGCGGAAGAAGAGAAGCCACACGAACAGGAGAUCAUCGAAGAACAAGUGCAGGAGAUCCUCGAAGAGCUGCAGAAUGUAGCGGAAGAAGAGCAAAUGCCGGAAAGGGAGGAAGAACAAGUGCAGGAGGUGAUCGAAGAGCUGCAAAAAUUAGCGGAAGAUGAGCAAAUGCCGGAACGGGAGGAAGAACAAGUGCAAGAGGUGAUCGAAGAGCAAGUGCCCGAACCGGAGGAAGAAAAUGUGCAUGAGGUAAUUGAAGAGCUGCAGGAGAUGAUCGAAGAGCAAGUGCCCGAACCGGUGGAAGAACAAGCGCGAGAGGUGAUCGAAGAGCUGCAGAAUGUAGCGGAAGAAGAGAAGCCACACGAACAGGAGAUCCUCGAAGAGCUGCAGAAUGUAGCGGAAGAAGAGAAGCCACAAGAACAGGAAGAACAAGUGCAGGAAAUCAUCGAAGAGCAAAUGCAAGAGGUGCUCGAAGAGCUGCAGAAUGUAGCGGAAGAAGAGAAGCCACAAGAACAGGAAGAACAAGUGCAGGAAAUCAUCGAAGAGCAAAUGCAAGAGGUGAUCGAAGAGCUGCAGAAUGUAGCGGAAAAAGAACAUCCAGCAGAACAGUCUGAGGAACAGCCACGAGAGGAUGGAGCGGAGGAACCACGGGAGGAAUACGGGGAAGAGGAGUCCGAUGAAUCGUCUGGCGAAAGCUUUUUUCAAGGGAUACACUUUCGAGAAUAUAUAGAUAUUAGAAGUAUUAAAAACAGUGCCGGAAAUAUGAUGAGAAAUAUGUUCAGCAUAUUUGGUGGAGACAAUGGGCUUGUGGGUAUGUUCAAGGAUUUAGCGGGGAAUUUUUCCAAAAACGACGAGAAUAUUGACGAGAAUGUUGACGAAAAUGUAGACGAAAAUGUGGAAUGA